GAAAUUUAACCUCAAACUUUAUUAUUUGUCACUUUUGUAUUUACGUUACUAUUUUUACAAAAAUGUUAGCUUUACAACAAUAUUCCAGCAGUGAUGAAGAAUCCGAAUUAAAAGCCCCGAUUGAAGAAACCAAAAUAAACGAGGAAUUUUCCAUAAAAAAGCAUUUAUCGGUUUGUGCAACCCCAAUUGUGUUACCAACAGGUUCAGAAGAAUGUUUACAACACAUCGACCCUUCAGCGAAAGAAAUCGUUUAUAACCCCAAAUAUGAAGAAUUAUUCGCUCCUAUGGUAGGCCCAGAAAAUCCCUUUCGUACCCAUCAAAUGCAAUCUGAUCGAAACAUGCUUUCGGGUUAUGUUGAACCAGCACACAUAAGUGAAUUCCAAUUUGAAAAUCAACGAAGGACAUUUAACAGUUUUGGUUAUGCUUUGGAUCCCUCGAUUAGUGGGGAAACUAUUGAUGGAAGUAAAAUAGUUGGUUCGAAAGAACUGGCUGAUGAAUCACAAGGAAAAACAGUUUUUGAACAUACAAAAUUACGUCCUUUGGAUAAACGUAAAAGAAAAAGGAAUAAUGAUGCUAGUGAUAUUGAAGGUUUUUUGGGACCUUGGGGUGGAUUUAUUGAUGAACAAAGGGUUAUGAAACCAACUGAAGAGGAAGCUGCAGAACUUGAGGAGUUAGCCUCGAAAAAGAAUAAAAGAGGAAAACCUGUUGAUGAGAAACCAAUUGAGGAAAAAACUAUUUUACAUAUUAAAGAUCCUGUUGAUUAUCAAGGAAGAUCGUUUUUACAUGCACCACAAGAUGUUGGGGUUAACCUUAAGAGUGAUACUCCUCCAGAAAAGUGCUUUUUACCAAAAGCACAUAUUCAUACUUGGACGGGGCAUUCAAAAGGUGUUGCGGCUAUUCGAUGGUUUCCAAGAACUGCACAUUUAUUGUUAUCGGCUAGUAUGGAUUGUAGAAUUAAGAUUUGGGAGGUUUAUAACGAAAGACGAUGUGUUAGAACUUAUUAUGGACACAGACAAGCUGUUAGAGACAUUAAUUUUAACAAUUCCGGGAAACAAUUUCUUUCAGCAGGUUAUGAUCGUUACAUAAAACUUUGGGAUACAGAAACCGGCCAAGUUGUUUCAAGAUUUACAAGCAGAAAAAUUCCUUAUUGCGUUAAAUUCAAUCCGGAUCGAAAUAAGCAGCAUUUAUUUGUUGCUGGGACGUCUGAUAAAAAAAUUAUUUGCUGGGACAUCCGUUCGGGUGAUAUCGUCCAAGAAUACGACCGACAUUUAGGCGCAGUGAACACUAUAACAUUCGUUGAUGAUAACCGACGUUUUGUAACAACAUCCGACGAUAAAAGUCUGCGUGUUUGGGAGUGGGAUAUCCCUGUGGACAUGAAAUACAUCGCCGAUCCAACGAUGCAUUCAAUGCCGGCGGUCGCCCCCGCUCCAAAUGGAAAAUGGUUAGCUUGUCAAAGCAUGGAUAAUAAAAUCGUAAUUUUUUCUGCUUUGAAUCGAUUCAAAAUGAAUCGAAAGAAAACGUUUACCGGGCAUAUGGUCGCUGGUUAUGCGUGUUCUUUAGAUUUUUCCCCCGAUAUGAGUUACUUAAUUUCGGGCGAUGCCGACGGAAAAUGUUACAUUUGGGAUUGGAAAACGACUAAGUUGUAUAAGAAAUGGAAAGCGCACGAUGACGUCUGUAUAAGCGUUUUAUGGCACCCCCAUGAGUCGAGUAAAAUGGUUUCAGCUGGUUGGGAUGGUGUUAUCAAGUAUUGGGAUUAAAUUAGAUAAGAAUUUUUUUUAAUGGUGUAUAUAAAUUAUAAUUAAUUAGUUUAUAUAACUAUACUAAUAAAGUAAUGUUAAUAUCA